CACUCUACAGGUGUGCAUACCGGGUAUCCUCUUUUCAAUACACAUAAAUUGAAAGUAUACUCUUUGCGGUUUUUCCGAUUUGGAUAUAUUUUUUUUGGAAAUAUUGUGAUUUUAUUUAAAAUUAAAAUGGUUUCCUACAACUCUUUGAGUCUUGUUUUCUGUCUGGUACUCCUGAUUUGCAUGAUGACACUGACACAUACCUCCGAUGUCGAUGCAGCAUCAUCAAACUUAAAUGCAUUAAGUGAAGAUAAACGCACAUUUUUUGUUGGAAGUCGCUAUGGAAGAUCCCCACAAUACCAUGAAUCUAAAUCAAGAAGGUUUAGCAUUGCACCAAGAAGUGAUAGGUUCUUUUUGGGUUCUAGAUAUGGAAAGAGAGCCUACGAACUCGCCCAACCUGCUUUCGAACAAUCAUCUUUAGAAAAAUCAAACAGUCCAUUCACAAUGUCGUGUAUUUAUACAGGAAUCAAGAAUUUUUACAGAUGUAGUGAAGCAGAUGAUAUCAAUGAUGUCCUUAAUCAGAUUUCUUCUGAAGAAAACCCAACAACUAACUAAACAAGACCAUCAAACACUAUGUAGAAUUGAAAUCUAUUGCUUCUAUAGUGUAAAUGUAACAAAAUUAAAUUUUACAUGGCUGGGUAAAUUUUAAUUUUGAAUACUUUUACAUUUACAUUUGUAAUAUAUUAACUAUUAUUAUUAUCUUUAUUAUAAAUAAAUAUAUCCUUAUAAAGACUUUGUAAAUAAAAAAAAAAAUACUGAACAAAAU